CAAGGCAUUUACUUAUCAUCAAUUCCUACAUAUAUAUACCUUGAAAAGUUGAGAGUGAUAGAGAGGAGAGAUGAAGGUAGCUGAAGUGCUUCACAUGAAUGGAGGAAAUGGAGACACCAGUUAUGCCAACAACUCCUUUCUUCAGCAAAAGGUGAUACUUAUGACAAAGCCAAUAACAGAAGAAGCCAUAACAAGCCUCUACAGCAGCCUCAGCAAUCCAAAGAGCAUCUCCAUUGCAGACUUGGGGUGUUCCUCUGGCCCCAACACUUUGCUGGCAGUCUCCAACCUCGUCAAAGCCGUCGACAACCACCGGAAGAAGCUCCGGCGGCGACACUCUCCGGAGUUCCAGAUUUACUUAAAUGACCUUCCCACCAACGACUUCAACACCAUUUUCCAGUCGUUGCCAAAACAUAGGAGGGAGAUAGCAGGAGACGGGUCUGGGCUGUGUUUCUUCAAUGGAGUUCCUGGUUCAUUUUAUGGAAGGCUCUUCCCCACCGAUAGCCUCCAUUUUGUUCAUUCUUCUUAUAGUCUCCAUUGGCUAUCUCAAGUACCUAAAGGAAUAGAAGAGAACAAAGGCAACAUUUGCAUGGCAACCACAAGUCCACCAACUGUGAUAAAUGCAUACUAUGAUCAAUUUGAACAAGAUUUUUCUACUUUUCUCAAGUACCGCUCUACAGAAUUAGUGAAAGGUGGGAGAAUGAUUUUGACCAUGUUGGGUAGACCAAGUGAAAACCCUACCUGCCAUAUUUGGGAACUCCUAGCUUUAGCCCUCAAUGAAAUAGUUGCAGAGGGUUUUGUGGAAGAAGAGAAACUAAAUUCGUUUAAUGUUCCUCUAUACACACCAUCUUUAGCAGAAACAAAAUUGGUAGUUGAGAAGGAAGGUUCCUUCACUAUUGACUGCUUGGAGGCUUCCCAAAUUCAUUGGACUGGAUAUAAUGGAACUGGUGAUCACGAGGAUAAUGGUGGUUACAACGUUGCUAGGUGCAUGAGAGCUGUCGCUGAGCCCAUGCUUGUUAGCCACUUCGGUGAAGGAAUCAUUGAUGAGGUGUUUCACAAGUACACAAAGAUGAUUAUUGAUUCCAUCUCGACUCGCCCGGAAACCACUCAAUUCAUUAAUGUUACUGUUUCCGUUAUUAAAAUGUGAUGGAAAAUAC